AUGAAGAAUAAAAGUGACAUUAUAUGGGAAAUCAGCAAGAGGAAACAUGGAUGCGGAAUAACAGGCGAAAAGACUGAGCAUGUUACUAAGCUCAAGCUGCUGGAGGCUGUAGUUCGACUUGCUGGAAGAGAGCCCACCCAACAGCCCACCAGCGAUUCGGAUCUCAGAAUGAUCUUCAAAAUUCGAAGUACUAACAACGAUGAGUAUCAAGUACGUUCCGACUUUGGACUCGGCGACCCUGCUGAAAAGUUGAGCACGGAAGUUACGCGAUUGAGUGCCCCCCCCCCCCUUCAAAUGACGACAGAAUUAUGGUGCAAUUUACAAACGCACUAA